CGUGAACUCAGAACAGAAUUUCGAAGGAGGUGCAUGGCGGCGGAAAGGGAAGGCCAGAGCUACAGCGAGUGCUGAACAGACCGGCGCCCUCCGUGUGGUGGAGACGAGGUGAUUGUAGGGCGGCGAGGAUCCUGAUACAAUUCAAGGUUGCCAGAUUGCCGAGAUUGCUCAAGCGGAGCUGCCUUGGAACGAGCAGUGUUUUCCGCUAUGACGUCGUUGUCUGCGCACCUUCCCAAGGCGUCUGCAGGUGUGACUGCAUUGAAGAACGCUUCUUCUGGAAGUAGUUUCGUCAAGACAGACGAUGUUGCACUAUUGAAAGCGCUCGGACCGUUGCGAGGGCACCGCUGGCAGCAGGCGCGCCCGCCCCCUGUUGCUCAAGCUGCCCUAGCCCCUCAGAGCAUGCCCAACUUCUCCCUUCACAAUGUCCGCUUGAUCGGCGAGGCGUGUGGAGAGACGCCCAAGUUUCGCCAGAUCCGCAUGUCAUCUGCCUUGCAAUUGCCCCCGGCCAUCAGCACUGCCAUCUGUGAGUCAGUGCCAGGCGCAGGGGCCGGUGUGCCUGAACGGUGGGGAGUGCCUGGCUGUGCAGCACCGCUUGCGGAGCAGAAGGCGGCCGUGGUUAAGGUGGUUGGAGUGGGAUAUGGCGGGAGCAAGGCCAUCCAAGCCAUGCUGCAGCAGCCAGGCCUUGAGGCCGCAGAGUUCUUUCUGGUGGCAGCAGACUCAGAGUCCACCCUAGACACCGAUACCCUGCUGCGAGAGGAGAACCAGAUCAUUGUAGGACUCGACAAAUUGAUGGGUGGCCAGCUCAAGUCACAGGCGGAAUUGGAGGACGACCUUGAAUCACGUCUGGAAGGGGCAGAUCUUGUUGUGGUUGUGGCAGGCAUGGGUGGGAACACCGGCAGCAUCCCGCCAGUUGUUGCGAAAGUAGCCAGGCGGGUUGGCGCAUUGACAGUGGGUCUGGUCACGAAACCAUUUGCAUUUGAAGGCCCCCGGCGCGCUUCCCUAGCUGAGAAGCACGUUGCAAUGAUGAAGAAGCGUACGGACACGCUGGUGGUCGUUCCUUGCGACCAGCUGUUAGAGGGCAAGGACUCCGAGUUUGGGGUGCGGGAUGCGUUCAAGCUGGUGGAUGCGCAGCUGAGGGACGCGGUCAAGGGCCUUGCCGACAUGCUCAUUGGUUCUGGCCUGGUGAGCCCCAACCAGGUGGACGUGCAAAGUUUGCUCACGGAUGCGGGGAUGGCCCAUCUAGGGGUGGGGUGUGCCUCAGGUCCAGAGCGCGCGUCUGAAGCUGCACAUGCUGCCGUGGCAUCUCCUGCUUUGCAGAGAAGUAUGGAAACAGCGCAGGGAGUCAUGUACAGCAUAACAGGAGACGCAAGUCUCCAAUUGUAUGAAAUCGCAGAAAUUUCAGAGAUCAUUCAUAGUCACGUGGGGGGUUUUGCCCGUGCUAAUGUCCUGUUCGCAGCAUCAGCAGAUGCAAGCAUGGCAGGGAGGGUACUUGUUUCGGUGAUCGCAGCAGGCUUGCCCGAACCAAGAAUUGUGCCGGUAAAUCUGAAGCAGCAAACGGGGGCCAGGUCGCAAGGUGCAAGGUUGUCAAAGCGGAGUUCAAGUAUCCUUUGGAGCAGUCGGUAGCAUUGGCUCAUGCUGGUGAGGUUGCACAAACUGUAAAGCUAGCUCGCACGCGCUCGCAUAGGUCGGAAGUUUUGUACUAAACCUGUGUACAAUACAACGUUUUUGACAGUUUGACCCGAGUUCAACAAGAG